AUGACUUGCAAGCACUGUGAUCAGGACGAUAAGCAAGAGUUUGUCAAGCGCUUAUUGAUAGCCAUUUUUGGGUUAUUGAUCGUCAUUGCCAUAGUGAUUUUCCUUGUAUGGGCAAUUCUCCACCCCGCCAAACCCUGCUUCACCCUCCAGGAUGUGACUAUCUACGCUUUCAACCUCACAGCUCCAAACUUACUCAUGUCAGACAUGCAAAUCACUUUAUCUUCCAGGAACCCCAACGACAGGGUCGGCAUUUACUACCAAAGACUCGAUAUCUUCGCUUCUUAUCGAGACCAGCAGAUAACUUUACAGACACUGCUGCCAAGAACCUACCAGGGCCACCAGGACGUCACCAUUUGGUCCCCAAUUUUGUACGGUAAUGCUGUGCCUAUGGCUCCAAUUCUUGAGGAAGGGCUGAGCCAGGACAUGAAUGCUGGGUUAUUGCUGCUUAACAUCAAGGUUUUCGGGCAAUUGAAGUGGAAGGUUGGCACUUGGAUUUCGGGUCUGUAUCAAAUUAACGCAAAUUGUCCAGUUUAUAUUUCCUUUAGUGAUCACAUUGAGGACAUUCAAGUUGGUCCAGCUAUGAAGUAUCAGCUUCUGCAAACUUGCAGUGUGGAUGUUUCUCCUAACUAG